AUGUCGUCGCCACUGACGACCUCGACCGUCAACGACGUGCUCCUCGGCCUCGGUCGCCACAAGUGCUACACCUACCUCGACAUCAGCUCGGCGUUCUGGGCAUGCCCGGUCAACGCCGAGAAGGCGGAGCUGAUGUCCGUCAUGCUUGACGACGGAGCUUCGUACUCGAUGCUACGAGCUUCGAUGGGCGCGAAGCAAACCCCUGGGUUUUGGGACGAACGAAGGGCGCUCGGCGAGUACUCGGCGUGGGCAAAGCACUACGUCGACGACAUCUGCUUUGGGGCAGACACGACCGACCGUCCCAUUGCAGCACCAAAUGUUUGCAUGAGGCCUCGCGACCGUUUGUGCAGGGAUGUGGACCAAAACUCGCCCUGGGCCGCAACACGCAACCGUAUGCUGAAAAAGAUGCGGGCGAGUCUCAGGCUGUCCGAGCCGGCCGGGGAGAAGAAGAAGAUCCCUAUUCGGGUUGCUUUCCUCCGGGCUUCUGGCCAUGUCUCCCGACUAGUCGCAUCAUGGUUGUCAUUGGUGCCAAGACCGAGAUGGGCGUCCAUGUUCUCUUCUCCGACUACUUGACGGUCGCCGAGUUCGAGCAUGUGCUUCCGCUUGUUGCAAGCCAUAGCCUUGUCACUGGCGACUCUGCGGUGUGGCUCAAGGCCG